CCCCGCACCACUUUGGGCCAAAUCCGCUCUAUUUUUGGUCACCCCUCUCCCCUUACAGCAACGUGGCGGCCGGCAGCCAAUAGGAUCGCUCGGGGGGCGGGCCCUAGCCGGCUAGACGGCUUCCCAUUGGCUGAGAGGGUUGAGGAUGCCUCUUUGUGCUGUUGGCUGUUCCUGUCCCUGCUGUUCCUUGGGGGCGGUUCCCCUCCCCCCUCCCCACCCCGGGGUCUCCCCGUUGAUCUCCCUGGGGUCCCCCACGACGACUCCACGGCUUUCUCCAACGACCACGACGCCUUCCUGGGCCCCGACCAGGCCCGAGCCUUCGACCAGCUGCAGCCCGAGGAGAGCAGGAGGCGCCUGGGGCUGAUUGUGGGGCGGAUCGAUGCUGACGGUGACGGGUCGGUGACGGAGGCGGAACUUGAGACCUGGAUCGAACGGACCCGACGAAGGUCGAGGGAAGAGAGCGUGAAACGGGGACGGGAACAAUACGACCGGAACCGGGACGGGAACGUGGGGUGGGAGGAGUAUCGGGAUGAGACAUAUGGGGCACCAGGUUCCGACGUUGGUUCCGUGUCGGAUCCGUCCCUUUAUUCCCGUUUGGCGGCUCGCGAUGAACGUCGGUUCCGAGCUGCCGACCGCGACGGGAACAUGGCGGCCGACGAGGAGGAGCUGGGCGCCUUCCUGCACCCCGAGGACUAUGAGCACAUGCAGCACCUCGUGGCCAUCGAAACCAUUGAGGACAUGGACAAGGAUGGGGACGGCUUCAUCCAGCUGGAGGAGUACAUCGGUGAGGGGGGGCACCGAGACCCCAACCCACCUGAGACCCCUAACCCCUAUACCCCCCCAUAUCCCCCCUAUAAC